CAUAGCAGAUGAAAUCAUGAGAAUGGUACAGCUAAAAAACGAAGAAGGCGAGAACUACACAAAGGUAAUAAUAACCAUUGGAGAAAGCAACACCAAUAUCACUCAUCGCCGCAUUUUUCAGUUUGAAAAUCUCAUCCAGAAUGACAUUGACCAAGCGGAAGUGAUUACUACCGGAAGUAAAGUCGAUGCAGAUGAUCCCGCUUUUGCUUUCUCCACUUCCGGUUCAAAUUGUGUGGCAUUCACGCACCACGCUGUUGUAAAUGGAUUGAAUUCCAGACAAGAUAAGAGUAUUGGUUUUUAUAUAAGACCUAUGCAGCGUGGACAUGGCGCUACAUCUCUUUUAAUUGCCCUCAUUAACGGCGAGUCUACCUUCGUUUGCACUGUCUGCAGACUGCUCACGAUGCAAGAUAGCUACAGACACAUGCUUGAUAUCGUCCAGGCAGAAAAAUGCGCCCACCAUGGAAUCCCUCCACAUCAUGUUCAUCAGCUUGUCAGGGAGAAAUUCUACGAAAACCACGACAUGUCCAACCUUGUGGCCUUUGGUUUUGGAAGUCAGAUUAUUCAUCGUAAAACCCUCCAGACACUCCUUGAUGCUCUUCCURGUAAAAAGAUCGCUUUAGCUUACGCCUCAAGCAAGACGCUAUUAGUAGMAAUUCAACUUAUAUCCCAUGAGACUGUCCGAAACAACGAGGACUAUGGAAAGAUGAMCAUCACUUCUGGCAUCGAGGUGAAGAUCAUCGACGACCAAGGUCAAGUUGUACCUUUAGGAACCAAGGGAGAAAUCUGUGUUCGAGGACCAAAGAUGUUCCUGGAAUACCUGGAGGAUCCUGUGAAAACCUCGAAGACCAAAACACCAACGGGAUGGGUUCACACUAGUGAUUAUGGAAUCAUGUAUGACCGAGCAAGAAUCAAAGUACUGGGCCGACAAACUGACAUGAUCGUCACUAGUCACCAGGCCGUCUUCCCUGUCGAAGUUGAAGAGAUUCUUCUCGAGAACCCGGAUGUUCAAGACGCAGUGGCUGUUGGUAUCCCAAAUAAAGACAACAAAAAAUGGUAUGAUGAAUUUCUUGCCUGGAAUUCAACCAACUUCAAGAAGAUAGGUUAUACAGUAUUUUCACCAAAAGAAGUCUGGGUACCAGAUAUUGCAUUGAUCAACAAUGCAGACAGAACCGAGAGGCUUGCUGGAGGACCAACAAAGUUUGUCACUAAUAUCAACGCUUGGCGCAAAGGCUCCAUGACUUGGCUCUCGCCGGCUACCUUCAGCAGUACAUGUGUUCAGAACGUCAAGACUUGGCCUAUGGACGURCAAAACUGCAUAUUAACAUUUGGUUCAUGUACUUACCCUAAAAAGAACUUAGUUAUUGUUCCAAUCACAGAAACUUAUACUAAAGGUUCAGUGUCAAAUGGAGAAUGGACAAUUGAUGACAUCGAGGUGUACAACGAUACAACCGACCACCAAAAGUGCUGCGGAAAACUUUACAGCACUGUGAACUAUAAACUAACACUCUCUCGCAAACCAGACUACUUCAUGUUUUACCUUGCUCCACCGGCUGUCAUUCUAGUGGUUCUUGCCCUUAUAAGCUUCUUCAUCCCGACAGAGAGUGGGGAAAGGAUUGGUUUUGUCACCACCAUCUUGCUUACACUCAUGGUCUUCCUGCUUAUGAUCCCAGAGUACCUUCCGAGGACAUCGGAUCAGCUUCCAAUCCUCGGAAUUCUAAUGAUAUUUGCAAUGGUGGUAAUAUCAUCAGCGCUUGUUGCUACAAUUAUAGUGCUAAUGUGUUACUAUAAAGAUGGAACUCCUUCACUUUUCAUUAAGAAGAUUCUGUUCCCCUUGAAAAGAAGAUYCAASGCAAAGAUAACGAAAGUCAAGCAAAUUGGACAACAGAACGUUGCUUUUGAAAGUUCAGAUAAAGACGCGGCUGUUAAGGUCGAGAACAAGCUAGAGAAAGACGUUACAGCUGAGCGAGAUGAAGAAAUUACAUGGCAGCAUGUUGCUGCUAAGCUGAAUUUGGUGUUCUUCUGGUUUAUUUGUAUGAUAUCAGUUAUUGUCGUAUUGGUUCUCCUAGUUGAACAAUAAAUAAAAACAAUGAUACUAGUGACAGAAAGAUAACUGCAACAUAAAAUCCUAUAGACAUUUUCGUGUGACAUUGAAACGCGUUACUGUAACAAAGUUACAAUUUUACGACACCCGUCGAAUUUAAUAAUGAAUGGCUUGCUAGAACAAUUAAGAUUUACCUAUGCAAGUUAUGGGCUUCCUGUGUAUAUACACCUGUGCCUUACGAUCUCACUUACAACUUUUUUCAUGGAAGUUUUCAUGUAAAUACAAUCAAUAUAAACAAAAAAUUAAAUUACAAAUGGCUGAAAAUGGCCAGUCGUUUUCGUCAAGGGCUUCUUUUGUCUUCGCAUGUCACAGUACGUUUGAACCGAAUA